UCCAAUGAUGGGAAUUUACACAUGGUUCAAGAGCAAACCUUCAGGAAAGGAUUUUGUUCUGUCCGUUAUGGGCUGGCCCUCAUUUUGCAGCUCUGUAAUUUUGCCACUUACACGCAACAAAUGAUCAUGAGCAUUGCCAUGCCAGCUAUGGUGAACCACACAUCCCAACCCAGCCAUCACAAUGCCUCCACAGAGAGGCCCCUCUCUGGCUCCCAGGACUACUGGAAUGAAACUCUAACAGAAUUUAAAGAUGUGGCCCCAGUGUAUGACUGGAGUCCUGAAAUCCAGGGAAUCAUCCUCAGCUCUCUCAACUAUGGCUCUUUCCUAGCCCCAAUCCCCACUGGAUAUGUGGCUGGAAUAUUUGGAGUCAAGCAUGUGGUUGGUGCUGGCUUGUUCAUUUCCUCAGCCCUGACCCUGUUCAUUCCACUGGCAGCAAAUACUGGAGUGACUUUAGUCAUCGUCAUUCGAGUUGUCCAAGGCAUAGCACAGGUUAUGGUAACAACAGGUCAGUAUUCAAUUUGGGUCAAAUGGGCUCCUCCACUUGAAAGGAGUCAACUCACCAGCAUUGCUAUAUCAGGGGCAUUGCUGGGGUCCUUCAUCAUCUUCGCUGUUGGUGGUCUCCUCUGCCAGGCCAUAGGAUGGCCUUAUAUCUUCUACAUCUCUGGUGGAAUUGGUUGUACCUGUUGUCUUCUCUGGUUUCCUCUUGUUUAUGAUGACCCUACGAAUCAUCCCUUUAUCAGCCCUGGUGAGAAGACAUACAUCAUGUGUGCAUUGGCCCAACAGGAUUGUUCUCCAGGCUGGUCUCUUCCUGUUAAGGCUAUGAUCAAAUCUCUACCACUUUUGGCCAUUUUAGUCUUUUAUUUCUCUCACUACUGGCAUUUUUAUAUCAUGAUGGGGUAUAUGCCAACAUACAUCAGCUCUGUACUUCAAGCUAACCUCAGAGAUAGUGGGAUCCUAUCUGCCCUUCCGUUUAUAUCUGGCUUCAUCUGUGUUAUUCUUGGAGGUCUAUUGGCAGAUUUCCUCCUUUCCAGAAAAAUUCUCCGACUCAUCACUGUAAGGAAACUCUUCACUGCCGUAGGAACCCUCCUACCAUCCCUGCUCAUAGUGUUUCUGUACUGGGUCAGAUCCAGUGUCAGAACCACUGUGACCUUCUUGGUACUCUCUGCUGGCCUCAGCAGCUUCUGUGACUCAGGAGUCUUUGUUAACAUCUUGGAUAUUGCUCCUCGAUACACAGGCUUUCUUAAGGGACUAUCACAAAUCUUUGCACACAUAGCUGGAGCCAUCUCUCCUACCACUGCUGGAUUUUUCCUCAGUCAGGAUUCAGAGUUGGGUUGGAGAAAUGCCUUCUUGCUUUCGGCUGCUAUCAACAUAUUGGGCCUGGCCUUCUACCUCAUCUUCGGCAAAGCACAUGUUCAGGACUGGGCUAAAGAGCAGACAAUCACCCACUUCUGA